UUCCACACUUUACCAAAUAUGGCCCGUGAGGUGGGUGGGACGCGUUCUGCUGCGGGGAGGAGGUGAUGCGCCCGCCGAGUACGCGCGGUCUUUCAGGAACUUUACGCACAUUCCAAAAACGCGUGAAAGACUAAAAAAAACCCGGACUUUUACAAAGAAUAUGUGACAAGGCGCCAACACAGGAUCUCACAUUCAGUUUCAAAGACUCGCCUUGACCGCCGCCGGACUACAGAAGCCACUUUCACCUCCCAUCAUGCCCGUGGUCGUGUUUCCCACCUCGCGGCUGCUGUGGGUGCGCGUCGCCGCCCUGUUGUUCACCUGCGUGGCUUUCAGCGUGGCGGCGCACGGAGCCGCGCUGUACGGGGGCAUGGCGGACUGGUGCAUCUUCUGCUGGGCGUUCAGCUUCGCGUGCACCCUGCUGGUGCUGCUGGUGGAGCAGUUUGGCCUCCAGGCCCGCAUCCCAGUGUCCUGGUCCAACUUCCACAUCACCAUAGCCUGCUACGGCGCCCUCCUCUGCCUGUCGGCCUCCGUCAUCUUCCCACUCUUUUUCCUCAGGAACCAGCCGGUGAGCAGUGAUGCCCGCGACCAUCGCAUCGUCUCCACCGUCUUCUCCUGCCUGGCGACGGUGGCCUACAUGGGGGAGGUGAGCCUGACCAAGGCGCGGCCGGGAGAGGUGGCGGGCUACAUGGCCACAGCGCCGGGCCUGCUGAAGGUGUGCCAGACCUCCUUGGCCUGCGUUAUCUUCAUCCUGGUCAGCGACUCCGUGUCGUAUAACCACCACGCGGCGCUCAAGUGGUGCAUGGCCGUGUACUGCAUCUGCUUCAUCCUCUCCAUGGCCGUGGUGCUGCUGUGUGUGGGAGAGUGCACCGGCUGUCUGCCCAUCCCCUUCUCCAAGUUCCUGUCGGCGUACGGCCUCCUGGCGGUGAUCAUGUACUUGACCGCCACCAUCCUCUGGCCCGUGUUCCAGUUCGACAAGCAGUACCGGGGCGCGGGCAGCGCGUCGUCCAAACUGAUCGCCGUGGCCGUGCUCACUGCCCUCAACUUCCUGCUUUACCUCGCUGACCUGGCCUACACCGCCAGACUCGUGUUCGUCAGUGUCUGAGGGAUGAGGGAGACACACACACACACACACACACACACACUCACACACACACACACACGCUGUUGCUGCCUAAUUGUAAAAUGCUAUAUGACCAUAGCUGCUUUCAGUCAUGCACUGAAUCCGGACAGUUUCCAGAUUUUCUCUAUCGUAGGGGCCGUCUGAGAGCAGAUGUCCGCAAAUGCUUCUCGGGACUAGCUCCCUCGCUAAAAAAGAUUUCCCGGACAUUUCCCGGAGUCCGUGCCUGAGUGUGUAUCUGUAUAUCAGUAUUUAACCGUCGAUGUGACCUUUGUAACGUGUGCAACACAACAAGUAUAUGAGGUGAAAUGAAUGCUGAAUUUGACACGAUGCUGUGACAUGAGGAGGAUAUCUGUUCAAAUCCAAUGAAGUCAGAAAUACUGGAGAAGGAGAGGAAAAAAUUGAAUUAUCAGUGGGGGUUUCUUUUUCAAUUUCAAUUCAUUGGAUAUAAAUGAUUUACCAGAGACACUUCCCUCGUCUGGGUAACGCGAUGGAUGACUGUGGUCAGUCACAAAUCACGUACAGGAAGCUUCUGUGGCUUUUGUUUCUGUCCUGUCACCCUGCGGUCGGACUGAAUGAAAGCGGGAAACAAGAGGCACGUUAACAGACACGGGGUCGUCCCCCUGUCGCUCGCCGUGAGUCUGCAGUUGCUUCUUCGACAACACGGCGGAAGAGCUCGCGUCAUCCCCGUGGCCUCUUUUGGAUUUUUAGGGUCACGGGUCUAGGCCGGUGUGUCCCGCUGUGUCGGAGGCUGUCCCUAGUUUCGUUUGUGUAGAUGAUGCAGAAUUAAGUUGAAUAAAGUCCAACUCAAAUCAGACGCCUCCAAAAACCUUCCUCUGACUUCCUCUCCACACCUGUGGCCUUGUUCUUCCGAAUGCCAAAUGGAAGAGGACAAGCUUCCUCUCCAACCCUUGAAGAUGUUUGUUUUUUCCUCCUUUAUUUAAUUCCUUUGCGUCUUGCGCGUUUGCUGUCAGUUAAGUUCCCCCUCGUCAUAUGUUGAGCUCGGUUCCGUCCCCGGUUUUAUUUUGACACGCACCUCCUGUGCGCCGGCUGCUGCCGUGUGUCGCACCUGUGUCCGAUGAUCUCUGCCCCUCAGGUGUGUGUGGGCACUUUGUCGCUCUGCUCCCUGAGUUGUGUCCAGUUCCUCGGUUGCGUUUCAAGUCCGUAAGUGAUCGUUUUUCUUCCAUUAAAUGCACGUCCCUCUACCGGCUCUUAUGACUUUCCUCCAUUUUCCGUGGGGGGGUUUCUUUUCUCUCGUGGCCUGGGCCCUGAGGCUCUUCUGUGCGGAUGUGAGUCACCGUGCAGGUGCAAGGUGACACGCGCCCGUCGCACUCGCCACACAGCAAAUAACCCCCCGGGGUGGCUUAGAAUAGAUUUGCUUGCGAGUGAAAGGAAAGCGAAAACACUUGAGUAGGCUGCGCGACUGCAAACGUGAAGGUCAGGUUAGCCGGUCGUCGUCAAAUUGUUGUUGAACGCACGGUCGCUUUAGAGCUUGAGCGCCGCACAGACAGGAAGCAGCGGGGAUGGGAUCCGCUCGGCGGGUUACAGAGGCGCCAGCUAAAUGAAUGUUAUGUAUUUUGAUGGGGCCGGGGGACUGAUGGUUCCUUGACAAAGAACCACAACAAUAUUUGUGCUAUAAAUAACCCCGCGCUUUGUCGAGGACGUCGGCGCUUCGGCCCGAUUUCUAUUGCAGGUUUGGCGUAACCGGUUUUUGGAUGUCGCACAAUCGGGUGAGGCACCAAAUUCCCCGCCGCGUUCUUCACACGCGAACUGCGAACUCUGGGCAAGUGCUCAGACCCUGUUUUCAAGACAUUCUCCAGAAUGAAUUCAAAGGCUGUGUUUUUUUUCUUCUUCAUUACAGGUCAGCUGUUGAAUAAGGACAAUGAUGAUGAUGAUGAUGAUGAUGAUGAUGGAUGUACGGAAGUAAAUAAGGAAUGAACCUUUCAUCACUAUGCAUUGUCAAUGAAUAAAUGGAGGGUGGAAGACAUGGCACAUUUGCCAAACUUCCCAUUAUAAUCUGUCACUCAUA